CCCAUCCUCUUUAUCACCUCUCGUUUUCUCUUUCUAGGGUUUUCUCUCUGAAGCUAAACAAUGGCUGACGAAGCGCAGUAUUCAUCUGGUACUGAUGCUGCGUCCAAUAAGCGCAAGUACGAUGACCAUCCUCCACCUAUGGUCUCCCGCCGCCCGACUGGUUUUUCCGGCCCCAUCACUUCCCCCUCCUCCGAUUCGGCCAAUCCUCCGCCUCCCUCCUACAACAACGUCCCGCCCCCUAUGGAUGAGAUCCAGCUUGCUAAGCAGCGUGCUCAGGAAAUUGCCUCUCGGUUGAUUAUCUCCAGCGGUGGCGUCGGGGCCGGCGCUGGACCUGGCGUUGGGGCUGAUGCCAAGCGCCCAAGGGUUGAGAAUGGCGGCGGGUUUGAUUCAUACGAAAAGGGUUUUAGUUCUGGCUCAGACUUGAAGUCUCACAUGUCUAAUUCAGCUCCUUCAGCAACACCUGUUUCCUAUGGGUUUCAAGGGACAAGCAAGAAAAUCGACAUUCCAAAUGGUAGAGUGGGUGUAAUUAUUGGUAAAGGUGGUGAGACCAUCAAGUACCUUCAGCUCCAGUCUGGGGCAAAAAUACAAGUUACUCGUGACAUGGAUGCAGAUCCCAAUUCUGCUACCCGGACGGUUGAUCUAAUGGGUACUCCUGAUCAAAUUGCUAAGGCCGAGCAGUUGAUUAAUGAUGUUCUUUCCGAGGCUGAAUCUGGAGGUUCUGGCAUAGUAUCUCAAAGAUUGACUGGUUCAUCGGGAUCUGAGCAGUUUGUUAUGAAAAUUCCCAAUAAUAAGGUUGGCUUGGUUAUUGGUAAAGGUGGUGAAACAAUCAGGUUUUCGGGGCAUUGGAUUCUCACCAAUGUUUGCAUUACUUAA